AAGGUUGAUUAACUAAUUCAUGUUUUUAGUUUGUCAUGAUUAUUUCAUUCUGUGCAAAUGAGGCAUCAUGAAUUUUGAUGAGAAAAUUAUUUAGAAAAAAAAAAAACAAAUAUAUAUGAGUUUAUCGAAUUGUUGAAUUGAUUUUUAUAAAAAACAGUCAGUUGGUUUUUUACACUUGAGUUUGAAACACUAGUUAUUGUUACUGUGACGUUAAAAAAUUAUUAAAAAAUUUAUUUACAAUAUUUGUUUCAGAUAGGCCAAAUUGAUAAAUAAAAAUUUGAAAAUGACAACAAAUAUAUAUUCCUAUCAAGAAGUAUCAACUCAUAAUAAUGAAAAUGAUUGUUGGAUGAUAAUGCACGGUGGUGUUUAUGAUUUGACGAAAUUUUUAACUGAACAUCCUGGCGGAGAAGAAAUUUUAUUGAAAUCAGCUGGUUUAGAUGGAAGUGAUUGUUUCGAUGACAUUGGACACACCAGAGAAGCAAGCCAACUUCGUGAAAAAUAUAAAGUUGGUAUUAUUGAUGUUAAUUCAUCACCAGUUAAUAAACCAAAUGACAAUAAUAAUGACAAUAAUGAUGAUGAUUGGGAAAUUGAAGAACAAGAAGAAGUUAAAAAUAAUCAAAAAUAUUUACUUCCAAUUGUUAUUGGCAUUGGUGCUUUUGUUUAUUUUAUAAUUUUAUAUUCGUUUAAUUUAAUUUAAUAAAAAAUUAUUGAUAUUAAUAAAUCUAGUAUUUAUAUUCUUAUUUAAUCAAUAAUAAUAUUUUUUUUUUAUAUUUCAAUGAUUGGAAAAUUGAGAAACAAAAAAAAAAAAAAAAAUUGAAAUUUUUAUUGAUAUUUUAUUAUUUAAUAAAAAUAAUAAUAAUUGUAAAAAUAUUUUUAAAAAUUAACAACAUUAUCCCUGUUUGAAUAACUAUCAAGAAAAUAGAGAUAUAUUUUUUUUUUUAUUUAAAAUGUGUAGGUGUGUGUUUUCUCAUUGUAAAAAAAAUUUGUUAUGUCAUGAUCAGAUGAUAGCGACGAGUUUGCACAUGCACAUGACGUUUCAAUUGAAAAUAAUUUUAUGAAAAAAAAAUAAAAAAUAUACAGAUAAAUAAUAAAAAAAAACAAAUCAAUUGAAAUCUUUAUAAAAGCAAAUUUUAUAUAUAUAUAUAUUUUUUUUUUUCAAAUUUUUAUGUGAGUGACAAGUGUAUUUCAACGAUUUUAAAUUUAAAAAAAAAAUAUAUCUAAACAAUUUAAUUUUGAAAUAAUAAAUGAAUUUUUUGUAUUUAUAUUUAAAAUUUAAUAUAAAAUUAUGUCAAAGAGAAUUUAUAUAUACUUUAAUCUUUUAACAAACAAACUUUUAAAUAAAAAAAAAAA